UCAAUAUCAACGUGCUCAGGAACUUUUAUCUGAUUUUGAAGAUAUUCUCGUUCAAAUUAAUGGUGAUUUUCUUGCCAAAGAAGAAACAUUUCGUUCUGAAACACGAAUUAGUGUUCAUGUUGAAUAUUUACCUAUUGAAUUUACUUAUACUCGAAUAUUAACAACAACACGUCGAAAGAUUGAAUCAUUAUGUGAAAUAAUUCAAAAAAUUGAACAAGAAUUAGGUCAUUUAUUAGUUGAUUAUCUUAAUAAUGAUCCAGUUGUUGUUGAUAUUAUGGACAAAUCGAAUCGUUUACAAAGAUUAGCUCAUGAUAAAGAUGAACAUUUAAAAGAAAAUCGCCUAAAAUGGAAAUAUUUUAAACGACAAUUAGAAGAUCUUGAAUAA